AUGCUGUCCACCAUGGACUACAAGAUACUUAAAGCCAUAAUACUGCUUCAUUUAUCAGCCGUGUGUCUGGGUGAGGGUAUCCUACCACCGGGACCCCUGAACGGGGUUGUGGGAGGUACUGCGAAGUUCAUCACCACCCUUACCCCUCCGGCGAAGCCCUUUAUCUCUGUCAGCUGGACAUUCAAAAAAGUGCCCAUCAUCACCUCCAGCAACACCAACGUGACCGAGCCCGGGCUGGCCAACAGGAUCACACUGGACCGAGCCACGGGGUCACUGGAGCUCAGGAACCUGGUGCUGCAGGACAGCGGGGAGUACACUGUCAGCAUCAUCCCAGACGGAGGGCUGCAGACACAGGGAAGCACCACACUGAACGUGUAUGCGCUGAUAAAUGGAGCCACCAUCAGCAGCCCCGCAGCCACUCUGAUCGAAGACAAAAGCUUCACCAAUCUUACCUGCGAUGCUUCUGGCUCCAUCAGCACCAGAGAGUGGAUGAAGGACGGCCAGCCUCUGCAGCCCGGUGGCAGAGUGAGCUUCUCCAUGGACAACAGAACAGUCUACAUAGAGCCUGUUCAGAGCGCCAACCACGGCAGCUACCAGUGUCGAGUCGGCAACCCAGUCAGCUCUAUGACGGCAGUCUAUAAUCUCACCGUCAACUUUGGACCAUAUAACAUAUCAAUAAAUGGACCAGCAGCAGCUCCACCUGGCCGGAGAGUGAUCCUGCAGUGCACAGCAGACUCUGUCCCACCAGCAACCUUCAGCUGGAUGUUCAAUGGCAACGAGACACAUACCAAUAACUCCUUGUAUACCAUAGACAGGAUGGAGGAGGUAAACACAGGGAAUUACACCUGCACAGCCAGAAAUCAGGUGACCAAACUGGAAAACUCCACAGCCUGGAGUCUCAGAGCUUCCUGCACCGCCCCCUGCUGGUCGUUUUCAGGACUGGUGAUCAGCGCACUGUCACUGAGAUGGACGCUGCAGAUGUAG